UGGCCAAAGAGAGCAGGGAGGGCUUCGUCUGCAACAGCGGCAAAAGCCGUGCAGCUGCAUCCCGGGGAGGUUUACUCACAAUCAGAGGCAACCCAAGGGAAGGAGAUGGAGGAGGAGGACCCAGAAGGACCUGGGAUUGGCAAGAGAUCAAAGAAAGGUUCUCAUCCCACCCAUACAAGGAGUGGUGCUGAAUUCUGGGAAAGAUCUGUGUCAGAGAUCUUGUUUCAGGAUACUAGAGCCACAGAUGUACGCAUCCAAUGCUUCCGGCAGUUCCGCUAUCAUGAGGUUGAUGGACCCAGAAAGGUUUGCAGCCAGCUCCAUGGACUUUGCAACCAGUGGCUGGAGCCGGAGAGGCACACCAAGAAGCAAAUCCUGGACCUGGUGAUCCUGGAGCAGUUCCUGGCCAUCCUGCCCCAGGAAAUGCAGUGCUGGGUCAGAGGGUGUGGGCCAGAGACCAGUUCUCAGGCGGUGGCCCUGGCUGAAGGUUUCCUCCUGAGUCAGGCAGAAGAGAAGAAGCAGGAAGACCAGAAGCAGGGACCAGCAGUGAAGAUGGAAGCUAUCAUCUUUGAGGAGGAAGGGCAGAGGGCUCUGGCCAAGCAGCGUGCCCAAGAUGCCCUCUCAGGUGGUCUGGAACAGGUGGUGUUCAGAGGUGUGGAAACAGCUGCUGCCACUCCAGUCCAGUGUCCCUUUUCCUUUGAGGAGGUGGCCGUGUAUUUCACCGAGGCAGAGUGGGCACUGCUGGAUCCGAGUGAAAGAGCUCUCUACAGGGAAGUCAUGCUGGAGAACUAUGGGAGCGUGGCCUCUCUGGCAGGGGAUAAUCAGAAGAAUGAGAAGAGUGAGGAAUUUCAGCAGCAAUUGCCCGAUGAAGACAAGAAUGAAGAUGUGAGAGGAAACUUCAGGAAUCAAGGCAGAUGUAAGAGGACGAAAGGAAGCCACGUGUUCGAGAAGAGGGAUCAACUCAUUCCUUUCCAAGGGAGGGAUAUCUGUGAAGUAAUUCAUGUGGCAGAGAAAAUAGACAACUGCUCGGAGUGUGCAAUGAACUUCUCAGAUAAAACCCAAUACAAUAUCCAUUUGCAAAUGCACAGUGGAAAGGAGAUCCAUCAAUGCUUGGAGUGUAAAAAGAGCUUCCUUUGGAGAGCAGAGCUCCUUAUGCAUCAACAAACACAUGCAGGAGAGAAACAUUAUAGGUGCUCAGGCAGCAGUGAGAGUCUCUCGCAGAAAUCAGACCUUAUUAAACACCAAAGGAUUCACUCAGGAGAGACUGGAAUGGCAUUCUCUGAUGGAAAAAAGCAUAACAUACACUUUCCAAAGCACAGUAUAAUGAAGGCAUGCAAAUGCUUUCGGUGUGGAAAGUACUUUAAAUACAAAUCACAGCUUCUUGUGCACCAAAGAAUACACACAGGGGAGAAACCUUUUGAAUGCUCCGAGUGUGGAACAAGAUUUAGGCGGAGUAGCCAUCUGCAGCGGCAUCUAAGAACCCACACAGGGGAGAAACCCUUUGAAUGCUCAGAGUGUAGAAAGAAAUUCAGUUCAAGUGGUAAUCUUCAACAGCAUCUAAGAACCCACAACAGGGAGAAACCUUUUGAAUGUUCAGAAUGUGAAAAGACAUUCCGUCACAGAUGCAGUCUUCAACAGCAUCUAAGAACUCACACAGGGGAGAAACCUUUUGAAUGUUCAGAAUGUGGAAAGAGAUUCAGUCACAGUUGCAGUCUUCAACAGCAUCUAAGAAUCCAUACAGGGGAGAAACCUUUUGAAUGCUCAGAAUGUGGAAAGAGAUUGCGUGACAGUAGCAAUUUUCGGCGGCACCAGAGAACCCAUACAAAGGAGAAACCUUAUGACUGCAAAGACUGUGGAAAGAAAUUCAGUCAGCUUGGCAAUCUUCAGCAACAUCAAAGAAAUCACACUGGGGAAAAACCUUUCAAGUGUUCAGAGUGUGGGAAAAGAUUCAGUGGGGCUGGCAAUCUUCAACGGCAUCAAGGAACCCACAGAGGUGAGAAACCUUUUGAAUGCUCAGUAUGUGGGAAGAAGUUAAGUCAAAGUGGCCAUCUGCAACAGCAUCUAAUAACCCAUACAGGGGAGAAACAUUUUGAAUGCUUGAAGUGCCCAAAGAAAUUCAGUCGAAAUUGUGACCUUCAAAGGCACCAAAGAACCCACACAAAUGAGAAACCUUAUGAAUGCUCAGAAUGUGGAAAGAAAUAUAGUCAUAGCUGUGACCUUAAAAAGCAUCUAAGAACACACACUGGUGAGAAACCAUUUGAAUGUCCAGAGUGUGGGAAAAGAUUCAAUUGCAGUGGCAGUCUUCAGCAGCAUCAAAGAAUCCACAGAGGGGAGAAACCUUUUGAGUGCUCAGAGUGUGGAAAAAGAUUCAGUUGGAGUGACCAUCUUCAGCGGCAUCAAGGAACCCACAGACAGGAGAAACCUUUUGAAUGCUCACAGUGUGAAAAGAAAUUCAGUCACAGUAGCAAUCUUCUAAAGCAUCAAAGAACCCACACAGGGGAGAAACCUUUUGAAUGCUCAGAAUGUGGGAAGAGAUUCAGUCAGAAAGGCCAUCUUCACAAGCACUUAAGAACUCACACAGGAGAGAAGCCUUUUGAGUGUUCAGAGUGUGGAAAGAAAUUCAGUCAGAGUGGCAACCUUCAACAGCAUCAAAGAACCCACACAGGGGAGAAGCCUUUUGAGUGCUCAGAGUGUGGGAAGAGAUUCAGUCAGAGUGGCAACCUUCAACAGCAUCAAAGAACCCACACAGGGGAAAAACCUUUUGAAUGCUCAGAGUGUGGAAAGAGAUUCAAUCGGAGUGACAAUCUUCAGCAGCAUCAAAGAACCCACACAGAGCAGAAGCUUCUGAGUGCUCAGAGUAUGGAAAGUCCUUCAACUGGAUCAUCGCUCUUCAACAGCAUCUAAGAAUACACAUAAAGGAAAAACCUUUUGAAUGCUCAUUGUGAAAAGAGAUUCAUUCAGAUCUGUAAUCUUCAAAAAUAUCCAUGAACUCACAUGGAAAGAAUCCUUCUUAAUGCUCAGAGUGUAGGAACAGAUUUCAUCAGCAUGGCCAUCUUCAGCAGCAUCAAAGAACCCACACAAGGAGAAACCAUAUGACCACUUAGCUUGUGAAAAGUGCUUUUCUCUUAUUUGACAUCUAAAAUAAAACCAAAGACCAUAGAAA